AUGCCUCAGAGUAAAGACGACCCUCCUAACGUUCCUUCAGGCUGGAAAGCAGUGUUUGAUGAUGAGUACCAGACCUGGUUCUAUGUGUACCUAGCAACUAAGCGGUCACAAUGGGAAGAGCCAGAGGGUACCACCUGGAACAAGAUAUCGAAGCCACCGAUGCCUCCUCCAAGCUAUAAGUCGAAAGAGGAGUAUGCCAGAGGCUCUGUGUCCCCUCCACAUUCAGCCCGUAGAGCGCAGCCUGCGCCGCCACCACAGACCACAUACAGAUCACAACCACCAGCGCCAGUCUCUCCUCAACCAUACUACUCGCCACAAGUGCCUCAACAACAACCGAUGCCCAUGUACCCACCACAGCAACCUAUGCCAAUGCCAAUGUAUGCUCCACAACAGCCUGUCUAUGGCGGUGCUCCAAUGCCACAACCAGUUUAUCAGCAGGCACCAGUUGCCCAGCAAAAGAGCAGUAGUGGUGUAGGGAAGAAGGCUUUCUUCGGUAGUUUAGCAGGUGCGGGUGUAGGUGUGCUUGGUGCAGAAGCAAUUUCUCAUGCCUUCGACCACCACCAUGACCAGGACACUACAGUAGUGGAAAACAACUACUAUGACAAUGGUCCUGGUGGCUAUGACAACGGUUAUGGUGGCGGUGGAGGCUACGAUAACGGUUACGAUCAAGGCUACAAUGAUGGCUUCGAUGAUGGUAACUAUGACGGAGGUGACGGAGGUGACUGGUAA